CGCCGGCCCCUCCCUGGCCGUGUCCCGGGCUCGGUCGUCCAGAGGAGCUGUAGCCGACGCCACCGAGCCAACCCAAGUCCAUUCAGGUCACCUGUUCAACUCAUUUCAUCAGUGAACAGAGUGGAAUCUGGAGGGCAGACUGUCAGACUCAGGAAUGUUUGGAAGGAUGUGGCCUCCUAACUGGGAAAUGCAGAUAAGCUAGGUUUCCCCCAGAGUCCUCCUGAGGGCUUUGUGAGGAGAAAGGCCUUGGAGAAUGGCAAAAGCCUGUGGCUUCCAUCUAACUUCACUUCUCUUGCACAGAAGUCCCGCCCAUCAGGGCCAUGGAGGUGGAGUCUACCGAGGCUCGAACUCCAGCCCCGGGCUACAAGCGCUCUGGCAGGCGCUUCAAGUGCCUGUCCUGUACCAAGACAUUUCCCAACGCGCCCAGGGCCGCACGUCAUGCGGCCACACAUGGGCCUGUAGAGAGCACAGAGCAGGCGACCGAGGUGAAGCAGAAGCCAGAAACAGAACCCAAAGCCGAAGAUGCCAGUGGGGAUAAGGUGUCAGGCACAGGGGCUAAGCCUCGGCCCUACGCGUGUCCACUGUGCCCCAAAGCCUACAAAACAGCUCCCGAGCUGCGCAGCCACGGGCGCAGCCACACGGGUGAGAAGCCCUUCCCGUGCCCCGAGUGCGGCCGCCGCUUCAUGCAGCCUGUGUGCCUGCGCGUGCACUUGGCCUCCCACGCAGGGGAGCUGCCCUUCCGCUGCACACACUGCCCCAAGGCCUACGGCGCCCUCUCCAAGCUCAAGAUCCACCAGCGCGGCCACACGGGCGAGCGGCCCUAUACCUGCGCAGACUGCGGCAAGAGCUUCGCCGACCCGUCGGUGUUCCGCAAGCACCGGCGCACACACGCCGGCCUGCGGCCCUACGGCUGCGAGCGCUGCGGCAAGGCCUACGCGGAGCUGAAGGAUCUGCGCAACCACGAACGGUCCCACACGGGCGAGCGCCCCUUCCUCUGCUCGGAGUGCGGCAAGAGCUUCUCCCGCUCGUCCUCGCUCACUUGCCACCAGCGGAUCCACGCCGCACAGAAGCCCUAUCGCUGCCCUGCCUGCGGCAAGGGCUUCACGCAGCUCAGCUCCUACCAGAGCCACGAGCGCACGCACUCGGGUGAGAAGCCCUUCCUGUGCCCCCGCUGCGGCCGCAUGUUCUCUGACCCCUCAAGCUUCCGGCGCCACCAGCGGGCGCACGAGGGCGUGAAGCCUUACCGCUGCGAGAAGUGCGGCAAGGACUUCCGGCAGCCGGCGGAUCUGGCCAUGCACCGGCGGGUGCACACGGGCGACCGGCCAUUCAAGUGCCUGCAGUGUGACAAGACAUUCGUGGCGUCCUGGGACCUCAAGCGGCACGCACUGGUGCACUCAGGCCAGCGGCCCUUCCGCUGCGAAGAGUGUGGGCGAGCCUUCGCUGAGCGAGCCAGUCUCACAAAGCACAGCCGUGUGCACUCGGGUGAGCGCCCCUUCCACUGCAAUGCCUGCGGGAAAUCCUUCGUGGUGUCAUCAAGCCUGAGAAAGCAUGAGCGGACCCAUCGAAGUAGUGAGGCUGCAGGGGCUCCCCCGCAGCAGGAGCUGGUAGUGGGGCUGGCACUGCCUGUCAGUGUGGCAGGUGAGGGCUCUGCGGCCCCCACGACAGGUGCAGGGCUGGGGGACCCACCGGCAGGGUUGCUAGGGCUGCCCCCUGAAUCAGGUGGUGUGAUGGCCACCCAGUGGCAAGUGGUAGGCAUGACAGUGGAGCAUGUGGAGUGCCAAGACUCUGCACUUGGGGAGGCUCCUGGCCCUGUCGGGGGUGAGGAGCCUGAAGAGAAGCCACCACAGUUUGUGUGCAGGGAGUGCAAGGAGACUUUCUCCACAUCAACCUUGUUGCGAAGGCACGAGCGCUCCCACCCGGAGCUACGGCCCUUUUCCUGCACCCAGUGUGGCAAGAGCUUCUCAGACCGGGCUGGGCUGCGCAAGCACAGCCGCACCCAUAGCUCUGUGCGUCCCUACACUUGCACCCAGUGCCCCAAGGCCUUCCUGAGUGCUAGCGACCUGCGCAAGCAUGAACGCACACACCCUGUGUCUGUCGGCACCCCCACACCCCUCGAGCCCCUCGUGGCUUUGCUAGGAAUGCCUGAAGAGGGCCCAUCCUGAGGCCCGUGCCCCCACUCCACACACACUCCCAGGAGCUCAGCCCCCAGAGGAUGCCUCUCUCACCUCCUUUGUGCCAGCUCACUCUUUAGACCCCAUAUCCUUGCCCCCCCAGGCAGCCCGCUCACCUUGCCCCGUCGAGGGUCCACUGGUGUGGAGAGACAUGGCUCCUCUGAGCAACACUUAUUAAAGCAUUUACUUUCA